AAAUGUCUACAAAUGUGCUCCAAAAGAAACACGUGGACAGAAAGUGUCGAUCCACGUUUCAUCUUCCCAAAAAAUCGCACAUAGUACAGUUUGAGAGACGGGCAUGCACAUAUGAGCAGGAAUACAUCGAGAUCAAAGCUUCGCGACAAGAAAGCCUGAACGAGGCCUUUCAAAUUUCGCUACCAAAUUAGGGUUCUUGCAUUUUGCUCGAUCCAGCUUCUCCCGUAAUUUAGAUACCGAUUUUCUUUCUUUUGCAUUGAUGAAGAGGAAACUGGCAUUUGUUGGCACCGCUUGGACUAAAUUCAAAGUUAGGUGUUUCUUCGGACAUUGAUCUUGCAAGGUUCUUAAUGGGGGCAUUUUUGAGUUUGGCUGGUCCAAAGUGUGUGACAAGUGACUACAACAAGAUCUCUCAGAAUGAGACCUGCAAGAGGCAAAGAAUGUCAUCAAGCUUUAGUGAGGAGAGUGCAAGGCUGAUUCCAAGUCUUCCUGAUGAGUUGUCAAUCCAGAUUAUUGCUAGACUUCCUAGAAUUUGCUACUUCAAUGUGAAAUUGGUGUCACGGAAGUGGAUGGCAACUGUUAUGAGCCCCGAACUAUUUAAAUUGAGAAAGGAGCUUGGAACGACAGAAGAAUGGGUAUAUCUUUUGACAAAAGUCGAAGAGGAUAAACUUUUGUCGCAUGCUUUAGACCCCUUGUCAAGAAAAUGGCAGAGGCUGCCUAUGAUGCCCAAUGUUGUUUAUGAAGAUGAAUCUAGGAAGGGUUUCUCCGGGCGUUGGAUGUGGAACAUGGCUGGUCCAAGCAUGAACAUUGCUGAGGUUAUUAGAGGCUUGUUUGGGCGGAAGGACUCAUUGGAUCAAAUGCCAUAUUGUGGUUGUGCUAUUGGAGCUGUUGGUGGAUGCCUCUAUGUGCUUGGUGGAUUCUCUAGAGCUUCUACCAUGAAAUGUGUUUGGAGAUUUGAUCCAAUUCAAAAUCAGUGGAGUGAAAUGACUUCCAUGACUACAGGUAGAGCUUAUUGUAAGACAGGCAUUUUAAAUAACAAGCUUUAUGUGAUUGGAGGUGUAAGUCAAGGCCGAGGUGGUUUGACUCCUCUUCAAUCUGCCGAAGUUUUUGACCCCUCGAUGGGGACAUGGUCCCAAGUACCGAGCAUGCCAUUCUCAAAAGCACAGGUGUUACCUGCCGCCUUUUUGGCUGAUAUGCUGAAGCCUAUUGCCACUGGGUUGACUUCAUACAUGGGAAGGUUAUGUGUGCCUCAAAGUUUGUAUUCAUGGCCCUUUUUUGUUGAUGUUGGAGGAGAAAUUUAUGACCCGGAAACGAAUUCAUGGGUUGAAAUGCCAAAUGGCAUGGGAGAGGGUUGGCCUGCACGGCAGGCAGGAACAAAAUUGAGUGUCGUAGUAGAUGGUGAAUUGUAUGCAUUCGAUCCUUCUAGUUCCCUGGAUAGUGGCAAAAUCAAGGUAUAUGAUCAAAGCGAAGAUACUUGGAAAGUUGUUAUUGGAAAAGUUCCUAUUUAUGAUCUUCGAGAAUCAGAAUCUCCAUAUUUACUUGCUGGUUUUCAUGGAAAGCUUCAUGUCAUCACAAAAGAUGCCAAUCAUCGUGUUACAGUUCUGCGGGCUGAUUCACGUUCUUUGCCAUCAAGCUCCACUCCUCUCUUUGAUGGCUCCUCAAAUGAGCACUCUGACUCAAUAACAGAAUCUGAUGCUGUUGUUUGGAAGGUCGUUGCUACUAGUGAUUUUGGGUCUGCUGAGCUGGUCAGUUGUCAAGUUCUUGAAAUUUAGCAUUCACAUUAAGCUUUAAGGCCAACAAUACUUUUAAGAUAUUAAGCUGUAAGGCUAACAAUACCUUUAAGAUAUUGGUUCUUCAUUAUUAUUCAUCAAAAAGAUAUUGGUGUCUCAGGUAUAUGAGUGAUCUGGAUGGUCAAUUGUAGUUGGGUACCAUGACCCAUUGAGAUGUGUUUUAUAAUUUGCCUUUUAUUUUGUAUACGAGGAAAUAAUUAUGAUU